AUGGGAAAUCCCGGAGGUGACAACAAUGGUCCAUCACGAAGUGCACCUCAGGUUCAUAACGCCCCAUCAGGAAUAAACACAGGACCUUCGGGCCAAACUUACCAAGGUUAUGGAAACACGAGAGGCCCACAGUAUCAUCCCCAGCCAUAUGGUAACCAGGCGGUGGGGCCCUUACAUCAGUAUUUUGCACCCCAAUUUGCAACACAAACCUUCGGAAUAGCACCAAUUCCAAGACCGUACGGGCCCCAGAAUUGUGGGGCUACGACGUACCAAAAUGCCCUGGAACUCAGCCUGGUUGGAGGGAGUGUCGAAAACUCACCCUUCGUCGCCUGGAUACAAAGCUAUCCCCUCCCAACCGACUUAAAGUAUCCUUCCCACCUUGGGACCUACAAAGGAAAAAGCGACCCGGAUGAUUUCCUAGAAGCGUUCGAGGGUGUGGCAGAGAUGAAAGCAUGGAACGUACCUAUUGCAUGCCGAAUGUUUAGGUACGCCCUCGAAGGAGAUGCCAGAGAAUGGUUAGAAAGCGUAACGAAAGGGUCAAUUGUUAGCUUUGACGACCUCAAAGAAAAAUCCAGGGCCCGGUUCAGUCAGCAGAAGAAACACAAGAAAAUCCACGUGGCAGCCCACGGGAUAAGACAAAGAGAGACGAAAAGCUGCAGGUCGUUCAUCGACAGGUUUACUACAGAAACAGAAGAUAUAGUAGACCUUGCUGAGUCCCAAAGGAUAUCUGGACUAAUUCACGGCCUUCGACACAAACCACUAGUAGAAUUCCUAUAUAGGGACCUUCCGAAUACUUAUGAGCAAGUCCAAAAAAGAACGCAUACACUUCAGCAAAAAAGGGGAAAUGACAGAGAAAGACCUAAAUAUAGCCCGUACCAGAAGGAAGAUAGGGGACUUCACAAGACUAUUUUACCAGAACUGAACAAGACCCCGAAAGAAAUCCUGCUCACCGAAAGUGCAGCAAAGAAUUUCUCCACACCACCCCGACUAAACCCAAGGAGCAAAAGAGACACUUCCAAAUACUGCGAGUUCCACCAGGACUAUGGUCACGAUACCAACACUUGCUGGCAGCUAAAGAAAGCCAUUGAAGAAGCUAUUAGCGAAGGAAAGCUGACACACCUGGUUAAAAGUGUGAGGCAACAAACCCCCAAGAAGGAGGACGAGCAAGGAGAAAAGAAAAAAGGCCCAGAAAAAACUAUCUAUGUUAUUUUGAAGAAAAAACCUGCGGAAAAGCGCCCGCUCCCAAAGACGUACCGGGGCGACGUAGGCAACAUUUCAUUUCCUUCGACAUACAAGGUUUUUCGUGACCCACUGGUAAUCACUGCUCUUUUGGAAAUAUCAAAAGUCAAGGAGAUAAUGGUAGACACAGGGAGUGAAUGUAAUGUGCUGUACGAAGAAGCAUUCUGGAAGUUACACCCUGUGUCACGAAUGAACCUCAAAAAGACAGACGCUUCGGUAUAA